GGCUCCACAGGACUCCCGGCACUCCCUCCUCUCCUCCGCACUGUGGGUGGGGGGGGCAGGCGUGAUGGACACAGUGUGAGCGUAAGAGAUGACAACAGCAACACGACAAGAAGUGCUCAGCCUGUACCGCAGGAUUUUCAGGCUUGCAAGGAGGUGGCAUGCAGCAUCAGGGCAGGUGGAAGACACCAUCAGAGAAAAGCAGUACAUUAUAAAUGAAGCCAGAAUGUUGUUCCAGAAAAACAAAAAUCUUACGGAUUCAGAGCUAAUUAAACAAUGUAUAGAUGAAUGCACAGCAAGAAUUGAAAUAGGAUUGCAUUAUCAGAUCCCAUAUCCAAGGCCAAUUCACCUGCCUCCAAUGGCCCUCACUCCCCUACAGAGUCGUGGACUUCAAACCCAGGAGAAGCUAAGAAAAUAUUCCAAACCAUUAUAUCUCAAGUCUCACAAUGAAGUUUCUUAAUCCAAGAAAUAGGUUCUCUGUAAGCUGAGCACAAACUAGAUGAUGAAUAUUUUCUACUUAAGUCCAGUCAAAGGAAGGACAAAGAAUAUAGAGUCUUCGCUGUAAUUUCUCUUAAACAUUCAAAAAUUUGAGUCCUUAUUCUCAAUAACACCAAUUUAAUGUCCUUGAAUUUAUCAGUAUCAGUGUGUUGCUACUAGAUGGAAAUAUGCUUCCAAAGAUCAUUUCUAAUCAUGAUCUUAGUAACAUCUUAGAUGAAAGUCUGAACAUAGCAAGACUCAGGCUUAAAUUUAAAUUUUAAAAAUUAAUUUUUUUUUGUGGAAAUAAUGUAGCUACACAGAGGAAGCUACAGAGUAGAGAUAUGGCAGUCCCUGUUAGCAGCUUUCUUGGAAGUUCUAAAAAUUACUAUGGCAAUCAAAUACUGCCUCAGACUUGUAAAUCUCUGUGGGCUUUAUUUUCUUUCAUAUUUGAGUUAUAUUUUGGUUGUUCUACUGAUAUCUUUUUUUGGCUCUCUUUAUUCAAAGAUAUACUUUUCAUUAAUAUCCAAGUAGGCUAGUUUCUCCUUUACCACACUGGCAGAGUUCAUCAUAUCAUAUCCCAUCGUCCCAUCCCCUUAACUGUUAGUGGAAAAUAUCAUAGUACCUCAGGGAAAUUUUGGGGAGGAGGGAAUUAUCCCAGAUUUUCAGGAAUUGAUGUAUUUAAUUCUGUCCAUUAAAUGCAUACUUGGUACAAACAAAUUCUAAAACAUGUGAGUUAUAAUUCUGGCCUCAAAGCCUCACUGCAAACUCAUACUACAAUAGGUUAAAGUAAUCACUAUUUCUAAUAGACAAAAUUGGAAUCUCACAAGUAGAAGAACAUGCUGUAUAAAUUACAGGGCUAGGCUGAUUUGAAAUUAUAUACACAUAGGAAAAGGAAAAUCUAGAUCAAAAGGAGAAAGGACUGUGCUUUUGUGAUAAACCAAGGGGAAACCCUACUUAUAGUCACUGUACAUCAAUCAGUGUUUUGUUUUCAAAGAUGAUGAAAAUCUUCAGUAAAAAUUGUUUAUAAAUGUU